UACAGACCAGGCAGGCGCACAUUCACUGUGACCCGCUUCAACAGUACAGCCAUAAUGGGCACUCUGUUGGUUCAGUUUCUCAUCUACUUUUGGAUAACUUCACCUUUCUGUGUCACGCAAAAAGCUAAAGAGAGGAGCGCCCGACAAAGAGACGCAGAGUUUACUGACAAGUACCACUCAUGCGUGCAGGGCCCACCUGGAAUACAGGGUCGGGAUGGUAACCCGGGGAUAAAUGGCAUUCCUGGCACUCCAGGAAUCCCUGGGAGAGAUGGAUUUAAAGGGGAGAAAGGAGAGUGUGUGACGGAGAGGUUUGAAGAUCCCUGGAAGCCCAACUUCAAACAGUGUGCUUGGAACUCUCUAAACUAUGGGAUUGACCUGGGCAAAAUAGCUGAGUGCACGUUCACUAAGCGACGUACAGACAGUGCUCUCCGUGUGCUGUUCAGCGGUUCUCUCAGGUUGAAGUGUAAAACGGCUUGCUGUCAGCGCUGGUACUUCACUUUUAAUGGAGCCGAAUGCACCGGACCGUUACCUAUAGAAUCCAUCAUUUACCUGGACCAGGGAAGCCCUGAACUCAACUCCACCAUAAACAUACACAGGACGUCCACAGUUGAGGGACUCUGUGAAGGGAUCCAGGCCGGUCUGGUGGAUGUUGGUAUAUGGGUGGGCACCUGUGCUGACUACCCACGUGGUGAUGCGUCAACGGGAUGGAACUCUGUAUCCAGGGUGAUCGUUGAAGAGCUUCCAAAAUGAGCAAUCCUUCUGACAUUCGCCACCACCGCUGUCACCAUGGCAAUAGAAGAUAGCAACAUCAUGUUCUUCUGCCACAUAAAGAGGGUUUCUUGUAGAAAGGAGCUUCCUUGUGUCCAGUCAGCUAAUUAUUUUGCUUUGGAUACACGCAACUUUCACGUUGUAAUAGAUAGUGAUUCUCCUGCUGAAUAUCAGUUAGGAGGAAUUCAGUAUGCUCAAUUUAGCUAGUACAGACCCUUAACUAAAGAGUAAGAUGAUAUUACUAUGGUUUUUGGACACUACCAUGAUGGUAAUACCAAUACUUUGAAGUAUCUUGAAGUACCAUAGGAAUCAAACAGUACCAUGGUAUUAUCAUCUGACACUAUUACUGUACCAUGAUAUCACUACAGUCCUUUUUUAAGGGGAGUUCAACAAGGACAUCCUGGAUAAUAUUUAUUUAGUGGCCCUUCAUUUGUGUAUGGACGAUUUUAUUACCUAUGGAAGUGAAUCUCACAAAAACUGUGUCACAUACAGUAUUACCCCAAAAUUAAAACUGUAAUGCAGACAAAUCUUAUAAUUAUUGCUGUAAUGCAAAUAAUAUUGAUACAUUGUUUAUAUUUUCAAGUACAUUUGUAAAAUAUAAUUGGAAAUAAUAAAUAAUGGUAGUAUUUGUUGUACUGAAUUUAAUUGAAUCAUCUUAAGACAGGAUGCUUUUUAUUAGUGUAUUACAGUAGUGAGAAUGAAAUGUUUUCAUAUAUUGCUGUUGUUUGACAGAGAAAAUGCAUUUCAUUGUAAUGAAAAUCUCAUUUUAAAUAUAACCUUCAUUUUGUAACGUAGUUUUGUAUUUUUCAUUUUUUUUCUUUGAGGUGAAAUACAACCUUGACAUUUCUUACUGAGAUUCACCCAUUAAUAAAGACAACAUAUACACAUUUCCCCCAUGUU